CCUCAGUGUGGACCACGUCUGGUCUCACAGAUCUAGCGCUCAGCACAGAGUCUCCUGACGUCACGGAUCAGCUGAUCGGUCCCCAGCUGACGUAAAGCGCUGAUACAAUGAGGCUCUGGUGCCCAGCAGCUUCAGGAAGUCAUGUUUGGCAUAGUCAUCUUCCUUGCAUUUUGCCUUCAUCUUGUGGAGAGCCAGUUCCCCAGAGUCUGCACAACUGAAGCUUCUUUUCGCACCAGGACUUGCUGUCCACUUUGGAAGGACAAAAGCCCAUGUGGUUCCCUGUCAGGCCGUGGGAAGUGUAUAAGCUGGGCCACUUCUACUGGAAAGAUCCCUAUGUACAAUGACGAUCGACUGGACUGGCCCAGACACUAUUAUGAAAAUACCUGCGAGUGCUUUGAAAACUAUAGCGGUUUUGAUUGCGGUGACUGCAAAUUCGGCUACCAUGGUGAGAAAUGUGACCGAAAGAAAGUUAUUAUAAGGAGAGAGAUCCGAGAACUGUCGGUCCUGGAACAGAGAAGAUUUUUCAGUUACUUGGCUUUAGCCAAGACCACAAAAAGUCAAGAUUUUGUUGUCCUGAGCACAGGAGACCGCCACCAUCGGGAGACUUACCGCUUCGUAGAUGCUUCUCUCUAUGACAUUUUUGCAUGGUUGCAUUAUUACUCUAUGAAAUCCAUCAUGAUAAACAGCACAUUUAUCCCUGAAAAAAAUUUUGCUCACCAGGGCCCUGUAUUUCCUGGGUGGCAUCGUCUAGGUCUAUUGUUCUUGGAAAGAGAGAUGCAACGCAUGACUGGAGAUGAAGAUUUUGCUCUUCCUUAUUAUGACUGGAGGUCAGAGAAAAACUGCUCCAUCUGUACGGAUGACCUGAUGGGAACCAAUGAUGCCCAGGGGGUCCUCAAUCCCUACUCACAUUUUUCAUUCUGGAAGGCCAUAUGCAGUGGUUUUAAUUUCCAAGAUGAAUAUUGUCCUUUGGCUGAUGCGGAAUAUAAAAUGGAACGGCUACACAGGAGACCGGGCACUACACCAUAUGCUCCAAAUCUGCCCACAUUGGAAGAUGUUGAAAAUGUCCUCAAACUGGGAGAUUUUGAUAAUUUUCCAUUUAAUGAGACAGCCCUACGUAGCUUCAGGAACGCUCUAGAAGGUUUUUUGGCGCCAGAUGGUAUAACCCUAAAGAGGAACAUGCACAACCUGGUGCACAUAUACCUGGGGGGCACCAUGUCCCAGAUCCCUAUUUCCGCCAAUGACCCAAUAUUUAUCUUGCACCAUGGCUUCAUUGACAAGAUUUUUGAAACCUGGAUUUCCAAAUACAGUGGAUCCCCGAAGACUUACCCUGAGAACAAUGAGCUGGGCCACCGCCCCAACGAGUGUGCUACCCCAUAUUUUCCAUGUUAUAAGAACAAAGAUCUUAUCCGCAGUUCUAUAGAGUUUGGUUAUGAGUAUUCAGUCUUCCACAGGAAGCAACCACUGGGGACGAAGGGUUUUCAGUGAGAUGUAGAAUUCAUGAUGGACUCAUUUAUCUUCAAUCUAUCGAGGAGCCAUUGUCCUCCAUGAAGUGACGCUCCAAUGAAAGUCAAUGAGCUGCCCACAAGCUACGGCCAUGUGUAGAAGGUGUCUAUCGUAAAUGUAUUGUUGUCUGUGAUGUCUAAUAAAAGGGGAUGUCUGUGAUUCUUUUGUUCCCGCGCACAGUUGGUUGUCCUUAGAGCUCACAAGUCAUUCCGGACAUUCAGGAUCCACAUAUUAAA